AGUUGUACUCAGUUUUACAAUUGGCCAAAACUCAAAACAGCCAAAGAAAAGAACAAAGGCUGCUCAACUGUGGAUCCGACUGAGCCAAAGCUUAUUUAGCUCUGUACUUUUAAACGCACUUCCAGUUUUCCAUGGAAACUUCAUCACCAUCUUAUUCAGAGAUCAUAUUGGAAGAAUGGAAUGGCUCCUCUUCCACCAAGCUCUCAAAAACUGCCACCAUCACCGCCUCUCCUUCUCUUUUCAUCCAAAGGUCUGGUGGUCGAUUCAACCAUGUUUGGAGAAGGGUUCUCCAAGCAUUUGUACCAGAGGGUUUUCCUAGUAGUGUGACUCCAGAUUAUGUUCCUUUUCAAGUCUGGGAUUUACUGCAGGGCCUUUCCACAUAUAUUCGGAUGAUGCUUUCUACACAAGCUCUUCUUAGUGCAAUUGGGGUUGGUGAGAAAUCAGCUACUGUAAUUGGCGCCACAUUUCAGUGGUUUCUGAGGGACCUAACUGGAAUGCUUGGAGGUAUCUUAUUCACAUUCUACCAGGGCUCAAACCUGGAUAGCAAUGCCAAAAUGUGGCGUUUGGUAGCAGAUCUUAUGAAUGAUCUUGGAAUGUUGAUGGACCUUCUUUCCCCUUUGUUUCCUUCAGCUUUUGUGUUUAUAGUUUGCUUGGGGAGCCUAUCACGAUCCUUCACUGGUGUUGCAAGUGGAGCAACCAGGGCUGCUUUGACACAGCAUUUUGCCCUUCAGAAUAAUGCAGCAGAUAUAUCUGCGAAGGAAGGAAGUCAAGAGACAGUGGCAACAAUGAUUGGCAUGGCUUUGGGCAUGCUUCUUGCUCGCGUCACAACGGGGCAUGCACUAUCUAUUUGGUUUUGUUUUCUGUCUCUCACCAUGUUCCAUAUGUAUGCAAACUACAGGGCUGUCCGGUGCCUUGCCUUGACUACAUUAAAUCCUGAGAGGAGCUCAAUUGUUUUUCAGUAUUUCAUGAAGACUGGCCAAGUUCUCUCACCCGAAACAGUCUCUAAAAUGGAACAUGUGUUGCCCAUAUGGACCACUUCAUCGAGCUCAAGGAGUGUUAAAUCAAUGCACAUGCAAGUACGUUUAGGUGCGAGGGUAUCUUCACUUAAUCACCUGGAACUGAUGGACGUGUUGCAUUCUGCAGGAUCUCAUUACAAGAAAGCAAAGUACUUGCUAGUGGAGAAGAAGGGAAUCGUCAGUUCUAUUCUGCACAAAGAUUCGACAUCUAAAGAUGUCUUACAAUCAUUUUUUCACGCACUAGUUAUGGCAAAUCUUACAGAUAAAAAUAAGUCUGUGCACUUGGAAAGCCAAUCAUGGAUGGAUAAACAGUAUGAAGUUUUUAUUCGAAAGCUAAGGUUUUCAGGUUGGAAAACGGAACGUCUUCUAUCGCCUUCUAUUAUGUGGAAGGCAAAUUGGAUCUGUGGACCUUUGGAUGCAAAGAUUGACUAGGUAAUUUCUAGUCUAUCGCAUGAAAAAAUAGUGAUAAGAGGUGAAACUGGUACAACUUGCUAUGACACGAGGCCAUUGAUUGGAUCUUGGUGAAUUAGUAUAGAGAGAACAGUUAGCUGACAGAAUCUUAACAGACGAACAUAACUACCAAUGAAGGGUCUAGUGAGGUUCUGGCAGGCUAAGGAUCUACCCCAAGCCUUUAGGCAAAAAGGGACCUUUUUUUUUUUUUUUUUUGCCAUCACAUUAUAUUUCUCAAGAAGUUGCAUACAACAUAGAUCUUACUUACCAUUUUUUUAGACGAAGGUUUCAACAC